AGUGAGCGUGGAUUCACCGUUCUGCUGGAAGCGGUGACCCUGCUCGCCACCCACGAACCGAAGGCAGGGGAGCAGUUUUUAAAAGUAUCCAGUAAACGACCUUCUCCAAUUAAGGAAGCAACAACGAUGCCCAAAUGUAGGUCGCCAUGGCGAUAAGGGGCAAUCCUUCACGCUCAGUCUCGGCCCUCUUUGGUCGUUAUGAAUCCAAACGACGCCUCGGCUCACUGUGAGGACAACUCGUCACCGGACGACCCGAUGGACGACUGGCUCUUCCUCUCCACCGACUCUGCCGUCCGCCCGGGCCCAGAGGUGAGCGGGGAGAACCUGGAGACCGAGGACCGAGGCCCACUCAAAACCAAGUUGAUCUCUGUGUGGAACAGCGUCAAAUAUGGCUGGUCCCUGAAGCACAAAUCCAAAUUCAGCAAGAGCUCUGCUGUGAUCAUGUUCGGACAAUCCUACGAGCUCCGGGAUCACGAUGAGAGGGAGAACUUCCGCCGCUCCUUCGCCUCCGUCCUCUGGCUGACGUACAGACGGGGUUUCCCUCAGCUGGCCGGCGGCUCUCUGACCACCGACAGCGGCUGGGGCUGCGUGUUACGCACGGGCCAGAUGCUGCUGGCUCAGGGCCUAAUCCGCCACCAGGUGCCACCAGGUUGCACUCGGUGUGUUGGCUACCAUGCGGUCAAAGAUGACCUGGACCUCCUAGCGAUUUGCCCCGCGGCCGCCGCAGAGCGCGGACUGGACGCAAAGGAAGGGCCGAAUAAGUUCGGUCGACACCUGAGCUUGGAUUCCCUCAUGGACCGGCCCAAGGAGGCCCAUCUGAGGAGGGUGGUGUCGUGGUUCGCGGACUCUCCCACGGCCCCCUUCGGGAUACACAAGCUGGUGGAGCUGGGAAAAAGCUCAGGGAAGAAGGCCGGCGACUGGUACGGCCCCUCCAUCGUGGCACACAUCCUCCGGAAAGCAGUGGCAGCAUCAGCGGACCUUCCCGAUCUAGUCGUGUAUGUCGCACAAGAUUGCACCGUCUACUUGGAAGACGUGAAGAGGUUGUGCGAACGGCCUCUGUCUCAGCCCUGGAAGGCCGUCAUCAUCCUGGUUCCUGUGCGACUUGGAGGACAAGAUCUCAACCCCUCCUACGUCACCUGUGUGAAAAAACUGUUGAGUUUGCAAUGCUGCAUUGGGAUCAUCGGGGGCAAACCCAAGCACUCCUUGUUCUUCAUCGGCUUCCAGGAUGACCAUGUGCUGUACUUGGACCCUCACUACUGUCAGCCUGCGGUGGAUGUAACCAGGGAGAACUUUCCCUUGGAGUCCUUUCACUGUAAAUAUCCCAGGAAAAUGUCUUUCUGUCGCAUGGACCCCAGCUGCACCAUAGGGUUCUAUGCCAAAGGCCAGAAGGACUUUGAAGCCCUGCGCACAGACGUUAACCAGGCUCUCUCCAUAUCGGCAGAGACGUACCCCAUGUUCAUCUUUGCUGAAGGAAGCAGUCAGGAGGAGGAACAGGGAGGGACCCACGUUUUCCAAAACAAUAUCGCGUAUAUCCAGAGGAAGACUGAACGGAGAAGAGUCGACACGUGCAACAGCAUGGACGAGUUUGUUCUGCUGUGAGCAGGAGAACGAAGAGCGAUGAUCAAACGCACGUGACGCUGCGAGUGUGCGACACAUACUGAGCGUCAGCGAGCAAUAACCUCGAGGAGAAAUGAAGUGGCCAAGUAAAAAUAAUGACUACUGUUUUUUUUAUUGCUGUUGCGUGCUCAUCUGUAUUUAUUGUUUUAAGAGAAGAACAUUUAAUUGAAGGACUUUGAAGAAUGACUUCUUUUCUAUUUUACCAUCUCAAACUGAACAUGAACAGUAUCAUGUUAAUGUAUUUACCAAAUAAACUUAUCACAUUUUGAAUUUAUUUUAAAAAGAAACGCUUCUCAGGGACAAGCUUAAGGCCAGUGUUGUUGUGAGAUACACAGCCGCUCACUGUUUCCUGUCCCGUGACGAGAUGCGAGCCCUUUGAAUAGUUUAUCAAAUUGGAUUGCUGUCAACAUGUGACACACACAUGAGAAACCCGCUGCGACUUCACUGGGGAAGAAGUCCGAUGUUGUGGAUGCAUCCUCAGAAGAAAACAACAACAACAACAACAACCUACUGACUACUCUUGCCAGCUGGAACUUUUUUUUAUUUCCUGCUCUUUUAUCUGAAUAAACCGUUCACCAAAAAGAAAUAGGAAGACACUCAUUUGUAUUUGAUUUGUAUUCUCUAAUGUGUUUCUGGGCUUGGUCACAUGGUUCUGUUCCAGGCCGUUAGCAGCCUCGUCCUCAGCAUCCCAGAAUGACUGAAUGACUGCGGACCAAGACAAACGCUGAUUUGGGAUCUGUUUCCUUUUUGGGUGAAAGCUGCAACAGGCAAGUUGUCUUAAGGGGAAAAAAAGGGUCCACAAGAGAGGGUGCUGUCAAAUAUAUUUUGCUGUUUCCGUUGUCUCACACGUAGCAUUUCAUCCUGAGACGUUAAUAAACAAACUCCUCCCUCAAA